UGCUACAGUAAUCAAAACAUUCUUCCAAAAGAAAGCUGCAAGCGAGAAGUUUUAUAUUUGCCUGUGCUGCUAACGUUCUUUAACGCGUAAAAUGACUUCACCACUAGAAAAUCUGGAAAACCAUUUGGAAAUGUUCAUUGAGAACGUGCGCCAGAUCCGUAUCAUCGUGAGCGAUUUCCAACCACAAGGGCAAAAUGUGCUAAACCAGAAGAUACAAUCGCUCGUCACCGGGCUGCAGGAGAUCGAUAAGAUGAAGAACCAGAUCGACGUGAACGUACCGUUGGAGGUGUUCGAUUAUAUCGAUCAGGGACGGAACCCGCAGCUCUACACGAAAGAUUGCAUCGAUAAGGCGCUGACAAAGAACGAAGAGGUGAAGGGCAAGAUCGACUCCUACCGUAAGUUCAAGAGCAAUUUGAUGAAGGAGCUAAGCGAAACCUUCCCCGUGGAGAUCAGCAAAUACAAGGCAAUUCGAGGGGACGAAUAGUAGUAGUAGUAGUGCUUUGCGGGAACAUUUUGGGUACAGUGUCCCGAUCCCUUUAGAGGAUGGAAGUGUCG